CAUAACACGCUACAAUGGGGAAACCAUCGAGUUCUGGAGGACCGUCCUCCCAGCGCGGCCCCGAAGGGACACCAUAGAGUACCAGAAGUCCUUCCUAGCGCGCCGCCGGAAGUCGCUGCCUAUCAGCCACACCAUGGCGGAACUUUCGGGUUCCGCCCCGCCGUGCCGCAAGGGGGCGCUGCGAAGAGCGGCGGAGAGGGUGCUGCUCCCACGGGGUUUCCCCCACAGCGUCAGCCCCGAUUAUCUGAGGUAUCAGUGCUGGGACAGCGCACAGGCCCUGUGCAGCUCCCUGUCUGGGAUCGUUGCCACCCGCGCUGUGUUUGAAGCCGUCGGCGUUGGGGACGUCGCUGCCACCCCCACCGGAGCCACCGUCACCUGGCUGCUGCGUGACGGAGUUGGGAUGGUGACGCGGAUCGCCUUCGCCUCAAUGCAGGGGUGAGUACUGGUCCAUACUGGUUUAUACUGGUUUAUACUGGGACAUACUGGGCCAUACUGGUCUGUAC